GGAAGUAAAGGUAAACAACAAUGGCUUGGACUACCAACCUUCAGCUGCUACCGCGAUUUAAUAUUUUAGAUGUCGAAAAAUGGGCCGAGGAAGGAUGUCGAAUCCCACGAGCUGUAUUGUUAAAGGGAUACAGCAACUGGAUCGAGGGCUACGUCACCGAUAUUGAAGGUGGAAUUUCCAUCGGAAGGUUCCUUCGUCAUUGGCCUGUCAAAGUGCAACUGCAAAGCUGGCCUAGGUCACUGCAAUCAUCAGAUUGGGUUACUGUAUACCCUGGCACACUAUAUCAAACUGGGAUAUAAGUCCAUUCCACCUACUGUUAGUAAAACCUCCCUACCACAGACAUGGCACGUUCCUUCACGGUCUAUGGGUCUAGCCCCUAAACCUAUUAAUACAGUAAAAAUAUCAAAAUUAAAGCCCCCAACAGCUGAUCCACCACAAACAUCCUAUAAAAGAUCUCGUCAUGGAAUCAUACCCAACAUCUACUGUCCUAUUCCAAUCCCUUUACCAAGUGAUCAGUUUGCUAAUGACCUUUGUGAAAACCUUGCUAAAAUUGGAAGCAAUAGCCAAAUGUACAAACUGCUGCUGGCAUCAAGGAAAUACCCAGUGGACAAAGUUGAAUCGGAAUUUGGACUUCUGCCCCAUGGAUCAGCUUUGACGUACCAAGCCGUUGGCUUACCCACCACAACCACUGAUCACUACCCACCUUUUCCUCUGCCACCACAACCGUGCACUUACUAAACAGUUCAAAAUGAGAAGGAGAGUACUUUCUAUAGAGGUAUGACUGUUACACCCUCUGAUGCUGAGGCACUAGAGAUAGAAACCAGGGUACAGAGUGACAGUAAGAUAUGGCACCGUGUUCGUUCCCAGCGUCUGACUUCAUCCACUUUUAAAAGAAUAGUCUCACGAGUUGCAGACUUCAGCACGCUUGCCACCAGUAUGCAGAAGCAGAAAAGGUCAGUGCAGACACAAGCCAUGAAGAGAGGCCUGGAACUGGAGCCAGAUGCAGCUGCACAAUAUGAGCAGGAAACCGGCAAUCAUGUUUUCCCUUGUGGCUUUGUCAUAAAUCCUCAUGCCCCCCAUUUAGGCGCAUCUCCUGAUCGAAAGGUGGUUGACAGUUCUGGUGCUCUGGGGUUGCUUGAAAUCAAGUGCCCUGAUGUAAACAGUGUACUUGAGUGCAAAUACCUUUCUGUAAAAGAAGAUGGUGUGCUUGCUCUGAAAACCAGCCAUGAAUAUCAUUAUCAGAUGAUGGGACAAAUGGGAAUCACAGGGAUGACCUGGUGUGACUUUUUUGUCAAAUCCAGAAAUGACUUCCAUCUAGAGCGCAUUGACUUUGAUGAAGAGAAGUGGGAGUCUGUAAAAACUAAAUUAGACUUGUUUUUCUUCAACUACUGGCUGCCCAACCUGUGCUUAUAAAUCAACCUGUGCUUAGUGAGUAACACACACACAAACACACUUAACAAUCAAUGCACACUUUCGAUAAUUAAGUAAAUAUAUGUACAGUUUUAGAACAACUAAUUUCUACAUUAAAACAAAUAACAAUGUUAAAAUAUUGUCAUUGCUAUUUAUAAUAGAUUUUCACUGUAUUGUAUACAUAAGUACUAAAUAAAUAUUUGUAUAGUUUUAGAACUCAUUUCUAGAUUAAAACCAAUGAAAGCUAAUGGGUACAAAAUAUAUAUAUUUUUAUUUCAGUAAUUCAAUCCAUGUAAUUUGUACAGUAGAAAGACAAAUAUACA